AUGGCAGAAGUCAAGGAGAAAGGACCGGGACGUGUCCGGAUCGAGACGAACCUGUCUCAGGAGGAGUUCAUCAAGGUGAUUAACACGAAGCGUCACUUCCUAGGACUGUUUGAGAACGCUAGCGUUCGCAUCGGCACCAAGGACUCCAGAGCGGACAGUAUCAACCGCGUCCAUAUUAACAACAUCAGAGAAAGUCCCCUACGAAAUCGUAUCGUGUGGACAAGGGUGAUCAAUUUCUCAUUGGCUGGAGGGUUUCUCAUAUCUGUUGGUGCAUCAACGGGCAUCCGGAUCCGAACCGCGAAGGAGCGGCCGCGGUCGCUCGAAGUCGAAUCUACCGACGAAAAAAUCAUCGAACAGACGCUUGAGAAUUCCACCAUUCUCUACGAAACUCAAACCAAAGUCGCCUGGAUGCUGCCCCGGAUUUCUGUUGUGAUGUAUUUGGUCCAAGCGUGGGCAAGGAGGAAUGACCCCGAGACAUGUGGAAAUAUCCGCUACCCAACCUUCGGUCAAUAUGAAGCCGUCCUCAUUGCUCCCGGCUGCCUGCUUCGGGCCUUGGAGGAUGAAUUCUGGAUACAGACUCCUGCACCGCUAGCUCGCAUCAACUUGAAGGAGGUCUUCAUGUACUUUGCCAAAACUCUCGACCGGCUGCAAGACGACGAAGACCUGAAACCUGCGCCUAGACUACAUCCGAAUCGGCUGGCAGGUGUAGACUUCGCCAACCUGGCAAGCCAGCCUCGGAACUAUUCAAUCGUUACGGUCGAUGUUCAAGUCAAUUAUUGCGGGGACUGGCUACGGAUGCUAAAGAGCGACUGGGAGGACCAUGAAACGCAGCACCCAAACGCGCCGUAUCGCGUGGUCACACUCUUCUGCAACAACAUCGAUCCGCCGCCGCUUCUACCUCAGGGUACGGUGUGCGGCACCUGGUCACCACCGCCUCCGCGUCGCGACUACUUGGUCGUUCCUAUGUACUGUCUUCGAAGACUGACCGACAUAUACGGGAAGGACCCGGUCAUGUUCUCCCGCGAGCACCAUUGCGAGUGCGGCCCACGCCUCCCGUUCCAACCUUGUGGCGGCCAACAGAUUUGCAAUCCGCUACAGAGGAUCGUCACAGGGGGUAGGCAAGAAUACAGGGAGAUGACGGAAUGGAUACAGGAAAGACGUUACAAUCAUGCGGCCUUCAUUUUCGGGAAUGCCUUUGAUUCCGAGAGGCAUUGCAGAGGCCGUUGA